AUGGGAAACGAUUCAAUAGCUCGUACAGCAGUUGGAAUUCUAGGCAAUGUAAUCUCCUUCGGCUUGUUUUUGUCACCAGCUCCAACAUUCUAUGGAAUUAUUAAGAAGAAAGCUGUUGAAGAAUUCAAACCAGAUCCAUACUUAGCUACAAUAAUGAAUUGUGCAUUUUGGGUAUUGUAUGGAAUGCCUUUUGUGCACCCAAAUAGCACUUUAGUCUAUACCAUCAAUGGUACAGGAGUUGUGAUUCAAAUUGUCUAUCUCACCAUAUUCUACAUCUAUUCUACCAACAAAGGAAGGAAAAAACUAUGUCUUAUUUUUGCUAUCGAGACUAUUUUCUUUGUGACCAUUGUUCUUAUAACUAUGUUGGCACUUCAUGGCACUACAAAAAGGUCCCUAGUAGUUGGUAUUAUAUCUGCUGUUUUCAAUGUCAUGAUGUAUUUCGCUCCUCUAACUGUCAUGGCAAAGGUUAUAAAAACUAAAAGUGUGAAAUAUAUGCCAUUUUCACUCUCUCUAGCUAACUUAUUAAAUGGUUUGGCUUGGACAACUUAUGCUUUCCUUCACCCAUUCGAUAUUUAUAUCUUGAUAUGCAACAGUAUAGGAGUAGUUUCUGGAAUUGUUCAGCUUAUUUUAUAUGCUUGCUAUUGUUUUAACAAAGGUGAAAACAAUGAAGAGGGUGAUGUUGAGAUGAAGCCAACUAGUAUUCAUUAA